AUGGUACCCUUGUAUACUGACGUGAGGAAAGCGGGGUUUAUCCUGACAUGGAAGGGCAUCCCUUCAUUAUGCUUCCUUUUAAUGCAUUUCUCUUCAGAUAUGUUGCUGAAUAGACACUCAGUGGAGUGCGCCACUACUCCAAGUAGUGGAACGGGAAGUGGAGUAUCAAAUACUGCAAGUGGCUCGUCAGAGCAGAAUCCUUCCGAGGGUAGUUCAGCGGAUGGCUCUUCCACUGGCACUAAUAAUACCUCAUUACAGGGUCCAACCGAUGUGAGGGGAGAAACAGGGACGCAAACAGGAAGCCUGGGUACUGCAGAAACUGGAACAUCAACACAAGGUGGAAAUCAACGUAAUGUAGUUCCCACUACUCAAGAUUCUCAACCCACGACUACCCAACCAGGUUCCACUCCUCAACCGGGUUCCACAACCCAAGGAGGUUCCAGAACCGAAGGAGUUCCCAGAACCCCAACACCUCCCGCUACCCACACACAUCCCGCUACCCAAACACCUUCCGCUACCCAAACACCUUCCGCUACCCAGACACCUUCCGCUACCCAGACACCUUCCGCUACGCAGACACCUUCCGCUACCCAGACACCUCCCGCUACCCAAGUAGCGGCCCCUCUCCCUCCGAGCUCCCCAAAUCCCAUUCAGGUAAAAUCGUCCUUGCUCAGGGACCACAAGGGGCUUAAAAUCACAGGUCCAUGCAAAUCCUCCUACUUUCAAGUGUACCUGGUUCCCUAUCUCUACAUGAACGUGAACGCAGCAAACAGCGAAAUUGAAAUGGAUCCCAUGUUCAUGAAGGUGGACAAUAAGAUCAAAUUUGAGAGGGAGAAACACCUCUUGCAGAACAUCUGUGCUGACAAUAAAACAUUUAAGCUCGUCUUGUACUUGGAUGAUGCGGAAUUAAUCAUUAAGUGGAAGGUGUAUCCUGCCAAAGGGCGAUCAAUUUACGAUAGAACUGUCGAUAUUAGGAAGUACAAAAUGAAGGAUAUUGGCCAACCUAUCACCUCCAUGCAGGUGAUGGUGAUGACUGAACAGGAUAAAACGAUUUUCGUGGAGAGCAAAAAUUUCUCCCUGCUAAAUGAUAUCCCGGAGCAAUGUGACGCCAUUGCCAACGAAUGCUUCAUGAGCGGUAUAUUAGACAUCCAGAAAUGCUACCACUGCACCCUGUUAAUGCAGAAGAAGGAUGAUGUGCAGGAAUGCUUUAAGUUUGUCUCCCCCGAUAUUAAAAAUCGAUUUGAUGAUAUACAAACGAAGGGAGAAGACGAGGAAGAUCCAAACGAAGUGAAACUUGAAGAAACAAUUGAUGACAUAUUUAUCAAAAUUUAUAAAAAAGGAGAAAAUCUUUAUAAGGAGGUGGAUCAGCUAGCCAUUCUGAAUUCCUCUUUUAAGUCUGAACUGUUGAAGUACUGCGCAUUAAUGAAAGAGCUGGAUGCUAGUGGAGCGCUGGACAAUCACGAACUAGGCAACGCCGAGGAAGUAUUCUCUCACAUAACCACCAUGCUGCAGAGUAACAACGACCUUGAUGCUUUUUCACUAAAGAACAAGCUUAGAAAUCCAUCUUUAUGUUUGAAGAAAGUUGAUCACUGGAUUGGAGGCAAGACCGGGCUCGUACUUCCCAGCCUGAAGUAUAACAGCGGGCAGAAUAACGAAGACUCCUCUGAUAAAAGCGAAGAUAACACCUUCGAUUCGAUCACGCUCCAAAGUGUGGAUGUGCAUCCCUUACACGUCAAAGAUAAGUUAUUUUGCAAUGGGGACUACUGUGAUAGGACGAAGGACACAAACAGCUGCAUGGCGAAGAUUGAGGCGGGGGACCACGGCAUGUGCGCGACCUCUUGGCUCUUCGCAUCGAAGGUACACCUAGAAACAAUCAAGUGUAUGAAGGGGUACGAACAUGUCCCAAGUUCUGCGCUCUACGUGGCUAAUUGUUCCAAUAAAGACGCGAAGGACAAGUGUCAAGUGCCGUCAAACCCGCUGGAAUUUUUGGACAUCCUGGAGGAGACAAAAUUUUUGCCAGCCGAGUCGGACCUCCCAUACUCUUACAAAUCGGUGAAUAACGGAAACAUGGACGCGUUUAUCAAAUUGGUAAAAUCCGAAGUGAUGAACAAAGGAUCCGUCAUCGCGUAUGUCAAAGCGACAGGAGCACUCAGUUACGACCUGAACGGGAAGAAGGUGCUCUCUCUGUGUGGAGAUGAGACACCCGACAUCGCUGUCAACAUAAUAGGCUAUGGUAACUACAUAAACGGGGAUGGAGUGAAGAAGUCCUACUGGUUGCUACGUAACAGCUGGGGAAAGCACUGGGGAGACAAGGGCAACUUUAAGGUGGACAUGCAUGGACCAGAUCAUUGCCAGCACAACUUCAUUCACACCGCUGCCGUCUUCAACGUGCAUAUCCCCGUGGUCGUUCCCGCGCCGAAUAGUGACCCAGAAAUAAAUAACUACUACUUGAAGAACUCCCCCGAUUUCUUCACUAACUUUUAUUUGAAUAAAUACGAAUCGGGAAGUGACGGCAAUUCUGACGGUGCAAAGAGUGCUAGCAACAAUUCGACGGUUCACGGGCAAGAUGAUCCACCUAGUCAACCUAGCAACGUAGUACAAUCAGAAGGUGAAGGAGGUCAAUCAGGCCAACCAGGAGCAAUAGGUACGAAUGGACAAGAACAAUCAGGGCCUGUUACACCAGUACAAGAAACAGGUGCAGGUGAUUCACCCCCACAACAAGAAGUUAACAGCACUGACUCAACCACUCAUGGAGUUGAAUCUACACAGCCAUCCGUGCAACAAAAUGAACAAGAGGGACAACCAUCACCGAGUACAUUACCAGAGACGUCAAGGUCAUCCGUGACUACGGGAACUCCAGAGCAACCACCUCAGGAAACGACUGAGCAAACGACUGAGACAAACCCUCAGCAAGCGCCGCAGGCACCAGCACCAGAACCCCCCAAGGAGCCCCUCUCAUCGUUGACGGGUAGCACUGGAGUGAACGUGACUAUGGUAAAGGAGGCUCUCCAUUUCUUGAAGAACGUAAAGAAUGGAAAAAUAAAAAGUAAUUUCGUGGCGUACGACAAUGCAGAUGCCAUGGGCGAUGAGAAAGUUUGCUCCAGAGCUUCCUCCACAGAUGUCGAUAAACAAAUGGAGUGCAUCGAAUUUUGUGAAAAGAAUUGGGAUGCAUGCAAAGGCACGGUGUCUCCUGGGUACUGCUUAACGAAAAAAAGAGGAAGCAACGACUGCUUCUUCUGCUUCGUGUAG